AUGCGCCAUAAGUCACAGUCUAAAACCUAUGCAAAGAAAGAAAGUAUUCCGGACACGAACCUCAUUGGCCAUCACGACCAACGCACAGGGCACGACGGCAAACCCCACCGGGCACAACGGCAAACUCCACCGGGCACAACGGCAAACCCCACCGGGCACAACGGCAAACUCCACCGGGCACAACGGCAAACCCCACCGGGCACAACGGCAAACUCCACCGGGCACAACGGCAAACCCCACCGGGCACAACGGCAAACUCCACCGGGCACAACGGCAAACCCCACCGGGCACAACGGCAAACUCCACCGGGCACAACGGCAAACCCCACCGGGCACAACGGCAAAUUUUACCGGCCACUACGCAGACUCGUCGACUGUCUUGCUGUCCGUAAGGAUCUGUUAG